GGGUGGGGAAUGUGUGUCCAAGGGGGAGGGUCCGUAGCGACCAAGGCGGCCGAGUGCUGCCUGCGCAUGUCAAGGCUGGCAACACAUUCAGCCACGGGGUGGCCCUGGAGAGGGGCGGUUUUGACCACCUAAUCGUCCAGCAUCGGGGCUUCGCAAGAUCCAGGGACGCGCCCCACGGAAAGGGGUCCCUCGGCCUACCCAUCCUCCACCUCUGAGAUCACCCGCCCCACCGGAGCUCCCGCCUCUUUCCACCCCUGAAGAACCUCCUGUGAGCCCGGGACCCUGUGUACAAGACUGAAGUGGAACAAAUUCUGUAGCCCAGACGACGGCUGGAGUGGGGACACGCCCAACUGAAGAAGCCUGCCCUGCCGUAGAAGCCCGAGAUCCUGAGUCUCGGUGGAUUGAAGUCGUUGUCCCUAGGGGAGGCGAGAGGUGAAUCAACACUGACUCCUUCCACAGGCCAGCAUCCCCGCGCCGGCUGCGAGACUCCCUUCCCAGUCCACUUUGCUUUGGUUGCAAGAAACCAAGGAGAGAUUGGGAUUCCACUUUUGGGGUGGGCGGGAAGGCUACUGUCCGUGGUGCUGAGCCAAGCCCGGAGACUUAGUCUAGCGAGAGAGGCAGGUGGCCUGAGCUGACACUUACACUCCAGAUCCCGCAGACCCCCUAGGAAGGGAACUUGACCUUUUCUUCCUCCUCCCACUCAGAAGGUCCGCUCCCUUAGGGGCAGUUAAUCCCUGAAGGUUUCCUCGAAAGAAUCAGAGGGUUCAGUCCUUGACAGAGAUUCUCUCUGUUCAGCUUCAGAAAUCGCUUACGGUGGAAAAGAUGCCUGCCUUCAACAGAUUGCUUCCCCUAGCUUCUCUAGUGCUCAUCUACUGGGUCAGAGUCUGCUUCCCUGUGUGUGUGGAAGUACCCUCGGAGACAGAAGCCGUGCAGGGCAAUCCCAUGAAGCUGAGAUGUAUCUCCUGCAUGAAGAGGGAGGAGGUGGAGGCCACCACUGUGGUGGAGUGGUUCUACAGGCCUGAGGGCGGUAAAGAUUUCCUUAUAUAUGAGUAUCGGAAUGGCCACCAGGAAGUGGAGAGCCCCUUCCAAGGCCGUCUGCAGUGGAAUGGGAGCAAAGACCUGCAGGACGUAUCCAUCACUGUACUCAAUGUCACUCUGAAUGACUCUGGCCUCUACACAUGCAAUGUGUCCAGGGAGUUCGAAUUCGAGGCACACAGGCCUUUUGUGAAGACCACAAGACUGAUACCCCUGCGAGUCACUGAAGAGGCGGGAGAAGACUUCACCUCCGUGGUCUCAGAAAUCAUGAUGUACAUCCUCCUGGUCUUCCUCACCUUGUGGCUGUUUAUUGAGAUGAUCUAUUGCUACAGAAAGGUCUCUAAGGCCGAAGAGGCAGCACAGGAAAAUGCGUCUGACUACCUUGCUAUUCCUUCAGAGAACAAGGAGAACUCUGUGGUACCCGUGGAGGAAUAAUGUGGUGUGACUUGAGGUGAUGUACAGGCAUCUGGGAGGGUAAGGUGGAUGUGGAUGGCAUGUCAUACAAAUGUUGUUUGCCAUCUACAAUAGAAGUGACUUUCUAUUUGGUCUCUUCUGCAUAGCCGUCCUGUCCUUUGGGUACUUUAAGUUAUUGGUCAAAUCAUGAUGCCCUCCAUUAUGUCAAACCCUUCAGAAGCUGAAUUACUUUGGCCUGAAUAUUGAGCAACCCAAUUCCCUUGCUCAUGAUAACAAAGGCAAAAUAAUUCUCUCAUUCCCCUCUUUAGUGUAUGUGUAUUUGGGAAUGGUUGCACUGGGCAUUCUCAGUGAGUUCUUCUAUUGUUGGUAGGUGAUCUGAGUGCUGAGGGACUGGAUAUCCCCAGUUCAGUGAUGCCAGCAACAUCAGGAAGUGCCCCAACACAUCCAUCUUUUCUAUUCAUCAACCACCAACCCAAAUGUGAGAUUUUUACCUGACUUCCAAACUCUGUCAGAACUCUACACAUCUUUACUUUGCCUGAACUGAAGAGCCAACAUCUAUCUCUACACGGACUAAACCUCACUCUGUCCUUGCUUCCAACCAAGUAACUCCCAACUUAACUAGAGUUGUCCCCCAUGUUCCAAAUGAUUUAGACAAGUACUGGAGAGUAGUAUUACCUCUGCCCUGACUGUCUGUGACUGGGUCAUUCUCCACUGCAGCAAAAGGAUGGAUAUAAAUCGGAAGGAAGCCCUGACUAGUUUGUCUUAAAGCCAAAGCGUGCCAUGUACUUUGAUUCAUUGAAGUCAGUUUUUCCUGCCUCUCAGAGCACCAGAAAGCAGCAUGCCCCUAACGCUUCCAGGGACAUCUUCUGUGUGCACUGGAACACUUUCUGGAGCUCAGUGUUUGGAGGCUAUAUCCCCAUAAUCCUGAAGACCUGGAGCGAACCCAGAACUUCCAGGAAGUCCCAAGGAAGGAUCCAGGACAGUUUCAGUAGGUCUCGAAAAUGAUAUAACACACUCCUGAUAUUGGAAACAUGGAUGAGUGACCUUUCUGGAUUGAAACUCCUCAGUUCUUCAUGUCUCAGUGUCUGUGGAUCAGUAUUAGCCCUCGUUUUACAGGAGGAAACUGAGGCUCACACAAGGCUGAACAGGACAUUUAGGGGAUUAAACUGGGCUAGAGAUGACUUUCCUGCCACCAACCUCACACCCCCUGGGAUGAGAGGUAUUUUUGAGGACUCUAACAUUCAGCAUGCCAUUUGCCCAGCGGAAGCUGACUGCGACAGAUCUGAGGAACUGGAAACCAGGUAAGAAAACACAGAUGGCGUGAGAUAGACUUCAGGAUUUCACACAGAUUUGUGAAUCCGAAGCAUCCUCCAGGAGAGUCGGCACCCGAGGGCAAUAUCUCUGUGAUGAAAAAUGGUUUUAGUCUGAAAUGGACAGUGAACAGAGAGACAAAGAUGGGCGUGUAGCUUCUAAAUACCUCACCUGUAGAUGUCACGUUUGGGUACUAGAGUUUGUAAAGUCCCCCACCCCUCCCCUCAGCCCCACCCAAGAGAACAGGGAACCAGGGACAAGAUGCUUAGUCAAUAUCUCUUUUUAAUGACUGUUCUAAAUGCAAUAUUCUUUAGCCCCUCCAGAUAGCAAGGGCAGAAGGCCUUAUGAUGUAUAAAAAGAUGAAAGUGAGACUCCAUAGGAGAAAUGUCCUCACCUCUGGAGAGAUCUGUAAGAAAGACCAUUCUCCACCCCUACCUGGCUUUGUAUAACAAGCUCACCUUUCACUCCCACCAUUUCCUUCCUGGUGGAUGCUAGACAUGCGCUUUGGUAACCCCAUCCCAUCCUACCUUUAUCUAGCUUGUUUGUACAUGGUGGCUUAUCUGGAAUCACAAUCGCAUUUCCUUAUGGGAGAUCAUGACUGUAACCUACAAGGCAUGGCACUCACCAGCCAACUUAAAAUCUUCACCAUCUCCAUUUCUUCCCAUAAUUCCACUUAGAAUCCUGGACUGGACAUGUGCGGCUCUGGAGCCUUUCCUGGUGUGCUAUUGCUAACUAAAGGGCUUAGAAGAGUUCUCAAGGGCUAUAAUCAUCCAGAAACCCCAUUGUUUGUCUUGGUGCUGGGUAUUUGCAGGGACUGAUUCUCAAUAAUUUACUGAAGGUCAAACUAAGCUGAGUCUAGUUUUCCCCUUAUCCCUGCCUAACAGCUGUGAACUUGGUUACUCAGUUGGUCCUGAGAGCAUCUUGCCCUGUUGACUUGGACGGUCAGCCAGGGGUUGUUACCGAGCCCCAAUCCCUAAGCGCUUGCUAUCUCAGGCUUUACUUUCAAUCUGUUUACACACUAUUCUUUGGUUUCUCCACUCUCGGUCAACCGCACACCCAAGCUAUCUUUUGAGUUUCUGGGUUUGCUCUAGACAUCGAAAUAGAAUUGCAAGUAGAAAGGGAACUUUCCAGAGCAGGAUUAUGCUGAGAACGACAGUGGUGAGGUUAAAAGGCGUUAGGCCUAAGAUGAUAGCCCAGUGGGUAAAAUGCUUGCCACCCAAGCGUGAGAGUCUCAGUGUGAUCUCCAGAAUCCAUGUGAACAGACAGACAUUGUGGCACACAUUGGUCAUCCCAGAGCUGGGGAGGCAGAGACAGGAAGAUCUGAGCCUCACUAACCAGGCCACCUGGCCUAACUUACUUACUUGGCAAGCUCCAGGAGAGUGAGACGCUGUCUCAAAAAAAAAAAAACACAAAUAAAAAACCAACAAAGGUGGAUAGUGCCUGAGGAAUGACACUCGAGGUUGACUUCUGGCCUCCACAUAUACAUGUGCACAAGUUAAGGCCCAUAUUCAUAUUUACAUAAAGAUGCACGCGAGCAAUACACACACACACACACACACACACAGGAGAGGGAGAGGGGAGAGAGAGAGAGAGAGAGAGAGAGAGAGAGAGAGAGAGAGAGAGAGAGAGAAGCUUCCUCUCACUUGUUUUAUAAACGAGAAAGCCCUGGUUCUGUGACUUCACCCAGUCACUGCAAAUGUAUGUGACCAGGACCUUGGAGUGCCUGCUUAUCAUUCUGAUCAUCCAAUCCCAUGGCUGAACACUCUCUGUGUCAAGUACUAGGUUAGACUCUAGCUAGACCCCUUGGUCUUAGGUCUGUAGAAGUGUGCACAGGCCCAUGGUUCCAAUAAAGUCCCUCUGUUCGUGUCAAUAAAGUGUCUCUGAAGACCA